GGGCGCGCUUAGGGCGCAGUUUUCUGGUUUUGGCCGUUCUGACAAGCGCCCUUGGGGCGGGAGCCUGACUGCCCGGCGCGGGGUGGGAGCAUUCGCGGCCGCUGGGCUUGUGCGGGACCCCGAGCGUCACGAUGAACAUCGUGGUGGAGUUUUUCGUGGUCACUUUCAAAGUGCUCUGGGCGUUCGUGCUGGCCGCGGCGCGCUGGCUAGUGCGGCCCAAGGAGAAGAGUGUGGCGGGCCAGGUGUGCCUCAUCACCGGCGCCGGCAGCGGCCUGGGCCGCCUCUUCGCGCUGGAGUUCGCCCGGCGCCGGGCGCUGCUGGUGCUUUGGGACAUCAACACGCAGAGCAACGAGGAGACCGCGGGUAUGGUGCGCCACAUCUACCGCGACCUGGAGGCUGCCGACGCCGCGGCGCUGCAAGCUGGGAAUGGUGAGGAAGAGAUUCUGCCCCACUGUAACUUACAGGUUUUUACCUACACCUGUGAUGUAGGGAAGAGGGAGAAUGUCUACCUGACAGCUGAAAGGGUCCGCAAGGAGGUUGGCGAGGUCUCAGUCCUGGUCAAUAAUGCUGGCGUGGUCUCUGGACAUCACCUGCUGGAAUGUCCUGAUGAGCUCAUUGAAAGAACCAUGAUGGUCAAUUGCCAUGCACACUUCUGGACCACUAAGGCUUUUCUUCCUACAAUGCUGGAGAUUAAUCAUGGUCAUAUUGUGACAGUUGCAAGCUCCUUGGGAUUGUUCAGUACUGCUGGAGUUGAGGAUUACUGUGCCAGUAAAUUUGGAGUUGUGGGUUUUCAUGAAUCUCUGAGCCAUGAGCUAAAAGCUGCUGAAAAGGAUGGCAUUAAAACAACACUGGUUUGCCCUUACCUUGUAGACACUGGCAUGUUCAGAGGCUGCCGUAUCAGGAAAGAAAUCGAGCCUUUCCUGCCACCUCUGAAACCUGAUUACUGUGUGAAGCAGGCCAUGCAGGCCAUCCUUACGGACCAGCCCAUGAUCUGCACCCCACGGCUCAUGUACAUUGUAACCUUCAUGAAGAGCAUCCUCCCUUUUGAAGCAGUUGUGUGCAUGUAUCGGUUCCUAGGAGCGGACAAGUGUAUGUACCCUUUUAUUGCUCAAAGAAAGCAAGCCACAAACAAUAAUGAAGCGAAAAAUGGAAUCUAAGAAUCUUUUGUACAGAAUAUCAUUUGUAUCAGAAGAUGAUCAAACUGUUUCAAUCCAGUACACAUCAGCAUUACUGAUAUUCUCUAGAGUCUAUACCCAUGUUGACUUUUUUUUCAAAUCAACUUUUUAAAAAAAUUAAGUGUGAAUUAAC